AUGAACCAAGCAGCAACCUCAACUGUCAACCAAUCAACCAAGCAGCAAUCUCAACCGUCAACCAAUCAACCAAGCAGCAAUCUCAACCGUCAACCAAUGAACCAAGCAGCAACCUCAACCGUCCACCAAUCAAUGAAGCAACAACCUCAACCGUCAACCAAUCAACCAAGCAGCAAUCUCAACCGUCAACUAAUGAACCAAGCUGCAAACUCAACCGUCCACCAAUCAAUCAAGCAACAACCUCAACCGUCAACCAAUGAACCAAGCAGCAACCUCAACCGUCCACCAAUCAAUCAAGCAGCAACCUCAACUGUCAACCAAUCAACCAAGCAGCAAUCUCAACCGUCACCCAAUGAAUCAAGCAGCAACCUCAACCGUCCACCAAUCAAUCAAGCAGCAACCUCAACUGUCAACCAUUCAACCAAGCAGCAACCUCAACCGUCCACCAAUCAAUCAAGCAGCAACCUCAACAGUCCACCAAUCAAUCAAGCGGUAACCUCAACUGUCAACCAAUGA